CCAAAAAGUCGCUGAUAACAGCUUGACCCCCCUGACGUCGUUGUUGCCAGAUUCCAAACUCAAAAGCUCUGGAUCUCCUUCCAGUCCAACCAACUUGAAACCGCAGCCGGCCUCACCUUUCCCGCCAUCGCGCAAGCGGCGCGACUCCUUCUUCUUCGAUCUACAAACACCGGCCACUUUCGCGUUCCAAAAGCGCUCGAUCGACAACAAUCAGCUCUCGCGAAUUGCCUGUCCAGCUUUCGUCGCGACACCAUCCGCGGCCAUCCAUUUAUUACCGAUCGCAAACCUAUACACUUACAUCCCGACCUCACAGCGACAUACCCACGAACAACAAUAAAAAUGGAGAAAUUCUCCCAAUUCCGCGACCGCGGCUCCGGCAUCUCCCCCUUCAUGCCCUCCCCGGCGCCCGAAUCCUCCCUUCCCUCCCGACUAUUUGGUCCCCUAAUCUUCCUGCUCCGCCUCCCCUUCUUCCUCCUCUACACCACCACCUACUUCCUCCUCCUCCCACUCCUACCUUCUCCCCUCCGCAAGCUUCUGCUAUGGGGCAUCUUCGCCCUCACGGGAACCUGGUGGUCCGACCUGCAACUCGACGGCGUCAAGCGCGGCUCGCUUUCUCAACAACCCCCCACUCGCAUCCCGCGCGCGGGCACGGUGAUCGCGGCGAACUUUACGAGUCCGUUGGAUGCGGUUUACUUGGCGGCGGUGUGGGAUUGUGUUUUUGUGCAGAGUUUCCCCGGCUCCCGGCUCGUGCGGAAACUUUCGCUCUGGCAGGCUGUAACCCUCGCGCUCAGCCCGCGCCAGUUGUUGGGUGGACCCGGACAAAACGAAAAGUUGACGACGAUUGCCAAGUUGCUGAAGGAAUACCCGACUAGAGCGAUUGCCGUGUUUCCCGAGUGCGCGACUACGAAUGGAAAGGGUAUCUUGCCGCUGAGCCCUUCGCUGCUUACCGUUCCGAGCUCGACGCAGAUUUUCCCCUUGAGCUUGCGGUAUACACCUGUGGACGACACCACGCCGGUUCCUGGGGGAGUGAAGGUGUGGUGGGGGUUCCUGUGGAAGUUGCUGGCUAGGCCGACGCAUUGUAUUAGGAUUCGCAUUGGCGAGGGGGUGGUGAAUACGGUGGGGGCUAGCAAUGGUGUUUCGCAUGGUGAAAGUUCGGGGGUUGACGGCGUCCGUGGAAGACAGGGAGAGGAUGGGGAUGGAGAGUUGACGGCGGAGGAGCAGAGGGUUUUGGAUAAAGUGGCGGAGACGUUGGCGAGGUUGGGUAGGGCGAAGAGGGUUGGGUUGACGGUGGAGGGUAAGAAGAAUUUUGUGAAGGCUUGGGAGAAGAGGAGGAGGUAAUUCUAGAUGGUGCGGGACAGGUGGAUGGAUUGAUGUAUAGACGUGUGACUUAUGAGGACGGUUUACGAGAUUAAUGAGGAUGCUAUGGGUAUAGUUCGGCAUAGCAUUGCGAGUAGGAGCUGUUAUAUUUCUACCGGGCAUUGGAAAACCAAGCAUUCAUUACUUUACGUGACACUCCGAAUCACUGUGAUAAUCACC